CUUUCUUUAGCCUUUUGUUCAAACUUUGUGUGGCCUUUUUGUCAUCUUUGUGUAGCUUUUGUUUUUAAGUGAAUCUUGGCUGAGAACCCAUUACACCCACCUUGUGUAAUGAAAACCCGGGAUAUAUAAUCUCUCCCUAUAUAUUCUGCGUGCAUUGAGUAGCCUCAACCUCCCCAGGCCUGGUACAGACGUGGACCUGUUUCACACAACUGCCACUUGAAGGGGGAAUAAAGAAGCAAAUGCUACCAAGACAAGCUCAUAACAGAGACCUUAUCACCAGAUGUGUACGGAUGAAAGUACAGCGAGAUGAGCCAGAGAGCGAGUAAGGAGGGUCCCCGGCUCUCCAAGAACCAGAAGUUUUCCGAGCACUUCGUCAUACGUUGCUGCCCGCCGUUCACCUUCCUCAACUCCAAGCGCGAGACGGUGGAUCGGAAGUACAGCAUCUGCAAGAGUGGCUGCUUCUACCAGAAGAAGGAAGAGGACUGGAUCUGCUGCGCCUGCCAGAGGACCAGAACCAGACGCCGUCCAACGUCCCCUCAGAGGCCCAAGCUCCAGCCAGCUGCACCCCCCGCGGUGGUCAGAGCACCAGCCAAGCCACGGUCCCCUCCGAGGCCCGAGCCACGGUCCCCUCCGAGGUCAGAGCGUCAGCCACGACCCCGCCCAGAGGCCCGACCACCACCAGCCAAGCAGCGCCCCCCUCAGAAGUCCAAGCAGCAGCCGCGCAGCAGCCCCCACAGAGGGCCGGGCACCAGCCGUGGGGGGUCCCCCAUCAAAGCUUCUAGACUGAGAAGGAGAAGCAAGCCUGCCCCCAGGAAGAAGUAGCCAAAGAGGAGCUUCAGGUGGACGCAUGGCCUCAGCUCCUGGACUCGCUGCUUCCUGACCCACGUGCCCUUGGGCCAGCUCUCUGGUUUCGAGUGUGAUGCAGAGGCGGACACCUGCUGAUGCCCGACGUCUCCAUGGCAGGGGGGCCACCGGGCAGCCUGCCUGGAGCAUUUUGAAGAUGUCACCCCAUUGUUUCCUGACCUCUUUAAUUGCCAGUGAGAAAUCUGCCGUCAUUCUACUUGCCUUCCAUUGACUCAAGUUUCUUCAAUAUGAAGAUAUAUAUCUUUCUUCAGGGAUGUGCAAAAAAAGAUAUUGUACAACCACUAUAAUGGCAAAAGUUAAAAAUUUUCAAGUGUUGGCAAGGAUGUGGGAAAAAUUAUCAUAAGCUACCAAUGAGGAUUUAUAAAUGACUGCAACACCUUUCGGGUAAAGUCUGUGGAUACUAGCAAAGCAGGAUAUUGUAUAACCUAUGAUCAAGCAAAUAUGAUUUUAAACACCCAUCCUAGGGAAAACGUGCAUUUAUAGAAAAAGGAGAUACAUAUAAAUGUGUUCAAUGAAGUAUGGUUUGCCAUUGGGAAAAAAGAGAGAGAGAGGAAGAAAUUAAUCAAAAUGUCCACCAAUAAGAGAAUGAGUGAAUCAAUAAUAGUAUAAAUAAAUAAAAUCCUAAACAGUAGUUAAAACAAGUGAAUCAGAUAUGCCCAUACCAAAUAGAUAAUUUGGAAAACAA